UGGCUGCUUCUUUAAACGUUGCAAGUGUUUAUGGAGUCCAGUUUGCUUUGACGUUACGCAGGAGCUUUCUCCUCAGACCAAAAAUUCCAUUUUGACUUAUUCUUGGAGACAGUAAGAAGGAUAUUUUAAGAGAGAGUGAACUGUAUAAAGAGUGUUUGUCGCUGGCGACAGCCGCUGUAAUGACUUCCUUCCUCGUGCUUCAACGCUACUUUUCCAGGGAGGCCAAUUGGAUGCCUUAUAAAGAAAGCCAUGGUCAGAUGUCAUGAGUUACAUCACUUCAUCCACUCCUGACUUCUACCUCUACAGACUCUCAGCGGCUGCAUUUUUCUACACACAUUUUCUGUCAUUUUUUUUUUUCAUUAUGAUUCACUUAUCAGUUUUGCAUCCGUCGUCAAAGCCGCCAUUUUUUCUCGGGCUUUUUCUCAAGAGAAGGCCGAUUCCUGCCUUUGUCUAAGGAACGUUUUUCACAGAAGUAUGCUUCAUUUUUCAUACCAAGAAGACGCUUUGGUUUUAAACUUUUUUAUUCUGCUUUUGUAUACCGUUUGUUUUGCUGUUCUUGUCACAUAGCUUUCUUGUAAGGUUCACAUUUCUACCUCUUUCUGUGCUUUUCCUUCCUUCCUGUCAGAUACACCUGUUGGACUUUUAUACUGUCUCAGGUAUUUGUCCUGUUUUUUUUUUUUAAUGGGCACAAACUGACAACAGUUUUCCUCUGUUUUUGUUCUUUUUUUAACCAUCUCCGUCGAGGGCAAAGCGCUAGGCAAACUUAGCGGCUAAACUGAAUACCACUCAGCUGUCUUAGUUGUUUUCUAUUUUGCAACAAUAUGUGGUCUACCUUUUCUGUGGCCGAUGAUGACGGCCGCAUGGCGCCGCCAGGUACGGCGCUCGCAACAGUAGGAGCACCCCAGGGUGCUGGAGGAGGUCUGACCGGCCUCAUGACUGGACGCGGCGGGGGGAACAAGCGCCGCAGGACGACGUCAGCAGGACACACCAUGAGCGAGGCCCUGGAAGGGAAGAUCAAGUUGGCAUUCUUUGUGGCCAUUGUGGGCGUAGUCCUGACCGUCCUUGGGGUGGGGACAGAGUUCUGGGUGGAGCUUGCCCCGUCAAAGAGUUUCUACAACAACCAGACUUGCCUGACAGCUCACUACGGCCUGUGGAAGGGCUGCACAAAGACAUUGUGGGUGUCUGAUAUCGACCCCGAGAGAGAGAGCUGUGGACCUGCUGAUCUACCUGGAGAAUCAAACUGCACCUACUUCAAGUUUUUCACCACGGGGGACAAUGCUAGGAUGUUUCAGAAGACAACACGGAAAAAUCUGAAUGUAGCAGCAGCCAUGCUGGCCCUGUUCAGCCUGUUCUUGAUGGUGAUGGGGGCCAUAUGCAUCGUCAUGUGUCUCAGUAAAGAGAUCAUCUUCUUCCUCAAGCCAGCGUCUGUCUGCUUUAUUCUGUCAGGUGUCCUGGUGCUUCUCUCUCUGUUGGUCUUCCACCUGUCAGUCGUGGCCUUCCUGGCCAGCGACCACACGGUUCCUCUCCACCACGAGCUCUCCUGGUCGGUGACGUGCAUCGGCUGUGCGGCGGCUGUCCUCAUCGUGGGAGGGAUCCUCUUCCUGUUGCUGGCGCUGCCCUACAGCCCCUGGCAGAGGUGUCUCCCUCAGAAGGACAGCAGCAGCUAGUGACUGGUUGCACUUUAUCUGCCCUUUCUGUUUGUGAGGAGGGAGGGUGCAGAGGGGCGUGGGUGUUUCCCAAAGACGUCUUAGCAGAAAGAUUGCAGUUUCUGUGAACUUAUGUUUAUGGGAGAGUGAUGGGAGAUUCACUGAAAUGCACAGAACACCUAGCUGUCUAUCUUGUCAUUAAAAUAUUGUUAGGAUGAAAUAGCUUUUUUGUUAAAUCAAUACAGUUCAGUGAGCCAUUCUGGUUCCCCUUACCUUAUCCAGAUAACAUUGUUGACGUUUAACCUGUUCCUCAUCAUGGAGAUAGCUAGGUGCUAAAAGCUACAGUGAAAUGCCUUUUAGUGGAAACAAGUAUGGAUAUUUGAUUGCUCAGAUGUGCUUGGGAAACAGUCCUGUAUUGUCUUACUAUCCUGCAGGGUUUGGAGGUAAUUUACUCUUCGUUUAUUCAACAAAUUGAUAAGUCCUUGCAUAAUGCUUUAACCUUUUUGAAAUACUGGCUUUUCCACUUCUUUAGAUUUGGAUUCAUUGUCAAACAAUAAAUAUUAAAAACAAUAUUUUAUAUAGUGGAGCAGCUAAAGAAGCAGUUUCAAGUCAACAGUUUGAAUGUUACUCAUUUGCUCAAAGGCUAGCUAACAUGUUAGCAUUUGGCUAGUCUGGAUCGACGUACUAUUCCAGGAUAAUUGUCUUACAUCCAGCACUGCUGAAUGUUUCACCGGAUGUCCCCCGCUUUCCCACAGCGACACAGCUUUUUCAACCACAACAACCUUCGAGCUAGCAAGCUACACGCUGAAAAUGGCAAGUUUUUAGGAAAAUGUUUCAUCAUGCAACAAGGAAGGGCUGCUUGGUUCUUUCGGGGGAAUGGCUGUUAAUGAUUGACAAAGAAUAUGUUUAUGGCAUUUACUAUCCAACACUUUUUGGGACCGGUGGGUGGGGAUUGUUACACACACACACACACACACACACACACACACACACACACACACACACACACACACACACACACACACACAGGUGAGAGCAAAUGAGGUUUAACCAUGUGUCCAGCUAAUUUAAAUAGCUCACACUACUGUCUUGUGUAAACAGUUAACUUCAUUAAAUAUUGUGACAUUUUCUUUUGCUGGCUACUUAAUUUAUCUCCCAAUAUUUAAUGAGUACAUUUAUUAUUAUUAUUGUUGCUGUUAACUUAAACCCUUACCUAAAGAACCAUGAACAGUAAUUAAAACUGCACUGAAUGAAACAGUUAAUUGACCUCCAAUCUGAGAUCCUUAAAGAAACUACUUUUGUCCUCACUGAAAUAUGUAUAUGUCCUCUCUGCAGAGCUGUCUUUCUACUGUGUUUAAUGUUGUAAUGAUGUUUCAUCAUGAUGAUGUUCAAUUUACAUUAAGGUAUACAGUAAUUAGAAAUACAAUUCCUGCAUAGCCACAGUAUAACUUUAUAAUAGUAUGAAUACAUUUUCAUGUAUAAUCAUUUAUUUCAAGCUAUAUAUGUCCAAUCAUAAGUAUAAUGAAUAAUUAUGAACACAACUUUUUUAUCAUUACCAGAUUUCACAUGCUUUGUGUAGUAGAUACAAUGUAAGCAACAUGUCUCUUAAAAACGACGUUCCACUAAAACAAAACUGCAUACUCAAUUAGGGAUUAGGUUUUGAGGGAAACAUUUUUCAGUUAUCGGCUUAGGUUGUUAAAUGCUCCAAGAGCCCAUAAGUUAUUUAUGGCUGUCAGGUUGUAAAGAUCAAUUCAAACAAUGUAUAAAAAGUGUAUAUUGUAAAUAGUAACCAACACUGUCUUUAAAGAGCAACAACACACCCUAACCACUUUUGUCAGCUGAAAACCAAUUCAUAUGAGUAUUUAGUUGUGCAGUUGAUGGAUUCAGGUCCAAAUCUGCCAUGACUGCCCAUGUUGACACGUUUUCACAGACACAUUUUUGGAAUUUCCAAGGUAGAAGCACUAGUAGUAGUAGUUAUUAUUUAAAGCUAUAGUGCGUAGUUUCUGAGGAAGUCGGCGCGGCCACAUGCCACAAGCCUUCUGUGAUCACGGACCGUCCCCAACCCCUCCUCCACGCAGUUGCUAGUAGCCAAGAAGGACAUGGAAGAUUAAAAAAAAAAUGGACCCUUCAGAAGAGGUAAUUAUCUUCAGUCGAGAGUCGCUGGAUGACACAAUCUUCUGAAAAAAGAGUAUAGUGAGAAAUACAAAGAGAGUUGAGCUGAUAGUCUUAAUUAGCUCAUUUGGCAAUGACUUGACUGUAACGGACAUUAAUAUUAAAACGUUACGCGCCAAAGCUUUCAGUAUGUUACAAAAACAAGUCAAUAUUGACUUUUGGUUUCACGCUGUACAAGAACAGUGGUCCCCUCAUACAUCAAACACCGACAAAAUAAGUUUCCUUCCUAACGUAAUUGAUAAUGCAAUUUAGCUGUAUGGGAACAGUCUAUGGGGAAGAGGGCUGCUAUAAGAAGAGGCCUUUAAAUUAAGCAUAACAUUAUGUAAAUUGAUACAACUAGAAUCCACUGUAAGGAUUUUUGUUGGAGUAGAUAGUAGGUACACAGUGUUAAAUCAGCUAAAAGUGUGAGACGUGCCAUGUUUUUAUCUUUUCAGUAUUUUUCUUUGACAAUUAAUGUUAGAACAAAGUGCUUCUCUGUGUCUAAAUGGAAGGUGGACCGUCUCUUCUACUUCUUUUUGGUCUGAAUCGAUUGAGUAUGAAUGACUUCAUUUUAUUAUUAAACCCAACAUGAAUAUUUAAUGUA